CAACAAAGUGCAAUAAACAAUUUUGAAAGUUAACGCUCUUGAACGCCUUGAACGCUCCUCAAGCUGCUGCCCCCAACGCUCGAGUUAAAGAGUUUAACACAAGCAAAAAAGCCAGCGAAAGUGCCCAACAAAAUUGAAGCAAAAAAUAAGAUGAACCCAACGAGCAAUAGUCGAAAACGCAACUCAACAGCAGCAACGAACAUGAUCUCUCCCAGCCUGAUGCUCGCCUUGGUGGCCAUGAUGCUGGUACUGGGCUUGCCCGCUCAGGCCACGGCGCGCAUGGCCUUUGAGAAGCUAACAGAUUACGACUUUGCCGGCACCACGUACUACAGUGUGAAGAAUUUGUCGCUGUAUGAAUGCCAGGGCUGGUGUCGCGAGGAGGCGGAUUGCCAGGCGGCCGCCUUCAGCUUUGUGGUGAAUCCGCUGUCCCCUUCACAGGAGACCCACUGCCAGCUGCAGAACGAUACCUCGGCCGCCAAUCCGACUGCGGCGCCACAGCGCUCGGCCAACAUGUACUAUAUGGUGAAGCUGCAGCUGCGCAGCGAGAACGUCUGCCAUCGUCCGUGGUCGUUUGAGCGUGUGCCCAACAAGAUUAUACGUGGCCUGGACAAUGCGCUGAUCUACACCAGCACCAAAGAGGCCUGUCUGUCCGCCUGCCUGAACGAGAAGCGUUUCAUCUGCCGCUCCGUCGAGUACGACUACAACAACAUGAAGUGUGUGCUGAGCGACUCGGAUCGUCGCAGCUCGGGCCAGUUUGUGCAGCUGGUGGAUGCACAGGGUACGGAUUACUUUGAGAACUUGUGCCUGAAGCCCACGCAGGCGUGCAAGAACACGCGCGGUUUUGCCAAUGCACGCAUGGGCGUCUCCGAGGAGAAGGUUGCUCAGUACGUUGGACUUCAUUACUACACCGACAAGGAGCUGCAGGUGACCUCGGAGUCUGCCUGCCGUCUGGCCUGCGAAAUUGAAUCCGAGUUCCUUUGCCGCUCAUUCCUCUACUUGGGUCAGCCACAGGGCGCUCAGUACAAUUGCCGUUUGUAUCAUUUGGAUCACAAGACGCUGCCCGAUGGUCCCUCUACCUAUUUGAAUCACGAGCGUCCACUCAUCGAUCACGGCGAGCCCAUUGGCCAGUACUUUGAGAAUCAGUGCGAGAAGUCAGCGGCUACAUCAACUGGCGGCUCCCCAGGCUCACCUCCCGGCACUCUAGACAAGAUUGACACUCUGCCCGUUAGUCUGGACACCAUCGAAGAUCCCAACCUCACCAAUAUGACGCGCAAUGAUGUUAACUGCGAUAAGACCGGCACCUGCUACGAUGUCUCUGUACACUGCAAGGACACACGCAUUGCUGUCCAGGUGCGCACCAACAAGCCCUUCAAUGGACGCAUCUAUGCCUUGGGACGCUCCGAGACUUGCAACAUUGAUGUUAUCAACUCGGAUGCUUUCCGUCUAGAUCUCACUAUGGCUGGACAGGAUUGUAAUACACAGAGCGUGACUGGUGUCUAUUCGAAUACCGUGGUGCUGCAACAUCACAGCGUGGUGAUGACCAAGGCUGAUAAAAUCUACAAGGUCAAGUGUACUUAUGACAUGAGCUCGAAGAACAUUACAUUCGGCAUGAUGCCCAUACGCGAUCCUGAGAUGAUACACAUUAACUCAUCGCCCGAGGCACCACCACCAAGAAUACGCAUCCUGGACACUAGACAACGCGAGGUGGAAACCGUGCGCAUUGGUGAUCGUCUCAACUUCCGCAUUGAAAUUCCCGAGGAUACUCCCUAUGGCAUAUUUGCUCGCUCCUGCGUUGCCAUGGCCAAGGAUGCGCGCACCAGCUUCAAGAUCAUUGAUGAUGAUGGCUGCCCCACAGAUCCGACCAUCUUCCCGGGCUUCACUGCCGAUGGCAAUGCGCUGCAGUCGACCUAUGAGGCAUUCCGUUUUACCGAAAGCUAUGGCGUCAUCUUCCAGUGCAACGUCAAGUACUGUCUGGGACCUUGUGAGCCAGCUGUCUGUGAAUGGAACAUGGAAUCGUUUGAGUCUUUGGGCAGAAGGCGUCGUCGUUCUAUUGAGAGCAAUGAGACUAAGAGCGAAGAUGAUAUGAACAUUUCCCAAGAGAUUUUGGUUUUGGACUUUGGCGAUGAGAAGCGUGAAUUCUUCAAGGCCGAUCCCAGCACAGACUUUGCCAAAGACAAGACUGUCACCAUUAUUGAGCCUUGCCCCACAAAGACGUCCGUGUUGGCGCUUGCUGUGACCUGUGCGCUCAUGAUUUUACUUUAUAUCUCAACGCUGUUCUGCUAUUACAUGAAGAAAUGGAUGCAGCCGCAUAAGAUUGUAGCAUAAGUUUAGGCGACAAACAGCAAUUGAAGCAACAGCAGCAGCAACAACAACAACAAAAACAAAAUGAAAGAAAAAAGGAAAACAAAAAACAUACACUAAACACACAGAGAUGAGCACACCAAGUGCACUCUCUCGCUCUCUUUCACUCUCUUGCUUAUAACACAACACGCUAUGUCCAACUCUCUCUCGCCUUGUCAAUAUCAAACGUUUGUCAGCUCACACACCCACACGAGAGAGAGAGUGAGAGAGAGAGAGGAACUGUGAGCUGAGAGCUUUGUAGCUGACAAGCGUAUACUUUUUGUUUUUUUUUUUUUAAUUACCAUUUACUUUAAACAAUUUAUUU